AUGUUCUCUACGACGCGGUCAAAAGGACUGGAGAGAGUAAUUGCUGCCUCUCCAUCCGUUUCUUUACCAGCUUUCCUGCUGCCAGCCUUUCCAAUCAUUCCCUCACGGCCAUUCUCUGCUUCGACAUGCCGGCCAUCGCAAAUCGGACGAGCACCUUUAUCAAUUCCCCCAGAAGUCAAAUUCAAUGUCAUUCCACCUGUUAUCAAGAAGAAUAUGGCGCCAGCUGCAGCUCGGCCGACUGUUGUGAUUGAAGGGCCAUUGGGCAAGAUGUCAAUGACUAUUCCGGCAUUUGUAAAUCUUGAACAUGAUGAAGCUACAAGGAAGGCAUACGUCACAGUUGAAGACAGAGAGGUCAAGAAACAGCGUGAGAUGUGGGGGACUACUCGCGCAUACCUACAAAAUCACAUCCUCGGGGUGUCAGAAGGUCAUACAGCUAUUUUAAGAUUAGUGGGAGUUGGAUAUCGAGCUACGGUCGAGGACACUGCGACCACCGUAUCCCCGGAAUUCGAUGGCCAGCAAUUUGUUGUGUUGAAAGUUGGAUACUCGCAUCCCAUCGAGCUUCCCGUACCGAAAGGUGUAAAGGCUACUGUUCCUCAGCCAACAAGAAUAUUGCUAGAGGGCGUCGAAAAGGAGGUUAUCCUACAGUUUGCCGCCAAGAUUAGAAUGUGGAGGAAACCGGAGCCGUACAAGGGGAAGGGUAUAUUCGUGAAUGGGGAAACGAUCAAGUUGAAGGCGAAGAAGAUUAAGUAG